AACGAUCUGACAAAGGAGAUGAGAAGUUGAUGAGAAUAUACACAAGAUGAUUAACUGCAGCUGGUGAUGAUGAUUGCUGAUGAGCGCUGAUAGAGCGGCACGCCCCCCUAUCAGCGCGCACACACACAACAAUAACAGAAACACGAGACGAGAAGUAGACAUAGGAUUUACCAACCGUGACAGUAAUAGGCCUUUAUCACAGAGCUCGUGUCGUCACUUCCAAUGGCGGAUAGUAGCGUAAAGCUACUUCCGGUUUAGUCUGUAGCUAUGGCGGUGAGAAUGUUUUCAACAUCACUACGGGAUCCCCCCCAUUUCACCGACGUUUACGCGAUUGUGAAAAAUCAUUCACAAACGAAAAUAUCCAAACUUGAGAAGGGAUAUAAAUUCUUCUUCGAACACUACAUCUUCAAUUAUGAAGAUUUCAUUUAAAGUCGACGAGAAUCCUCCUGUCAUCAGUACGUUCUGCUGUUCCUGUGUGGCUGGGAAAUAGCUAUGCAACCAUUUGGUUGGCUUGCUGUUUCAGAGUGCACACUACUGCAUGAUGAAACUUAAGACGGUACCACCUACUAUACCCAGCACAAGCACUCUACAGACUUGGCACAGGCCCAGGACUCGGGGAAUCAAUCCUGAAGCAGUGGAUCGAUUACUUGUGAGGAAGCCAAAAACCUCUAGCAGAAGUGGUAUUAAGUCCACUCUUUACAGGGCCUACACAGGUCCUAUUCCCAAUAAUACGGUGCUCUGUUCUGUGGAGUCUUUAAAAAGUGUCAGGCCUCAGCCACUUAUCUGCAAGGUUCUGCAUGGCUUGUCAGAGAUGAAUCUUGUGGAGUCUAAGUUUGGCCUGGUACCCAAAGGUUCUUUGCUGUCCUAUCAGUGCCCUGCUCAGUCAUCAAGGAAGGCUGUCAAACAUGCAGAAGCCCCUCCUUUCCCUAAGCUUCCUCUGGAUGGGUACAAAUUUGAAGGAAGAUUUCAAUUUGUCCCAGAUUUCCAUGAUAUGUUGUUCUUAGAAAGCUUAGCAGUCACUCAAGAAUUAAGCAUUGAAAAAGACACACGGGAUCAGUCACAGUCUGCUCUAUGGAACCAAAUGCGUACACCACGCAUUACAUCGAGUAGAUUCCGUGAGGUAUGUCAUGUCAGAGGAGAGUCGACCAGCCAGGCACUAGCUGCCCGAAUCAUCAAAGGGGUUCGUCAGACUUCUGCAAUGAAGCGUGGACUGGAUCUUGAGCCUGAAGUUCUAUUUCAGUACUCUGGUAUGAUGAAUGUGAAUGUUUUGGGUUUGUUGUACAUCCUGAUGCGCCACACCUUGGCACAAGCCCUGAUGGCCGAGUCUAUGACCCUACUGAGAACCCUCCCUUUGGACUUGCAGAGAUAAAAUGCCCAGAUGUUGAUGACAUUUCUCAGGUGACACACAUCAAAUUUGUCAACGUUCAAGCAAAGCUAAAGGAAAGCCACAAAUACUACUGGCAAGUUCAUGGACAGCUUGCAGUAACAGGACUGAGUUGGUGUGAUUUUAUAACAAAUACCAAAACAUAUAUAACCAUUCAGCGCAUCUGGAGAGAUGAGAGUUUAAUUGGCUUAAUGAGGGACAAAGUAGACAUUUUUUUCUUCAAUACAUACAUAAAUGUGUUUUCUAACUCUAGGAGUUGUUAAACUAAUACUGGUGUUUAUUGUUUGUUUGUUUGUUUUUUGUUAAAGGAA